GACAGCAAUCCUCACGCCUGCCUGGUUUUCUACUGGGAGCCUCUGAACCGACAGAUCCGGAUCGAAGGCUCCGUGGAGAGAAUUCCCCAGCAGAGCUCCUGCGAUUAUUUCCACACUCGACCAAAGAGCAGCCAGAUCGGAGCCGUCGUGAGCCGGCAGAGCAGCCCGAUUCCUAACAGAGACUAUUUAAGGCAGAAAAAUGCAGAACUGGAGGAGAAGUACAAAGACAAAGAAGUACCAAUGCCCAACUACUGGGGCGGCUACCUGGUCAAACCCCACACCAUGGAGUUCUGGCAGGGUCAGACCAACCGACUGCACGACCGCAUCGUUUUCACCAAGAAGAAGGUCGGAGAGAAGCUGGGAGAGUUUCAGCGAGAAGCGGCGGGAGGAUGGCUGUACCAGAGGCUGUCUCCGUGAGAACGGUUCAUCCUGAACGUUUUCGUGAUCUUUACUUGAAAUAAAAACAUCUAAAGGUAGAGCUGGAGACCGCUCGUUAAAUGUCUUUGCGCCGAUCCGUUUAUUUCACUUUAUGGGAUCUGAUCAAGUGAGAAAUGUGGAAAAAAAUGGAUCGAUUUAAACCCAAAAUAAACGCAGACAUUUACCACUUCAUUAAGGAGAUGUAGUCGGGUAAACCCAUUGUCUGGAGCUUUCUGUUUAUUUUUUUAUUCACAAAUGAUGCUUGAGUCAAAGUUAGGUGGCCAAACAAACAGGAAGAAACUAAUUUAUCCGAAAAUAUUCAGUUACAAAAUAUGAAAAAAAAGCACCAAAUGUUUAACUUUUAAUCAAGAGUUAUUGUAAAAGAUCAGGAGAAACUUGAGCUGCUUGGAAAGAAAAUAUAAAUAAAACAAAAACUUUUGCACAAGCCAUAUCUCAUUUAUUUUUUCCCAAAUGAUAAAUAAUUCAGAAUUAAAUUAUAGUUUCUAAUGAAGCUGUAGGGCUGUAAUCUGAGACCACCUGCUUUGCACUAAAAAUUGUUUACAUUAUUUUAGUUAUGAAGUAGAAUUUAUCAGGAUUUAAUGCAUCUGCCAAAUCUACACAGUCGUACUUUGUCUAAAUUCGACUGUAAUAUGUGGGUUUCUUAAAGAAAUUCAGAGCCAACAUGUGACCGGUGUAAUUAUUUAUAAAGUCCUCUAGGUAAAAUAAACUAAAAUGAAUUGUAGCUGAUUACAGAACUGCCUUGUAAUGAAAAUAAAUGUGCUGAUGUUGUCAACUGUUGUGUUGUAAAAGAGAUAUUGUGUUUUAUGUUUCACUUGAAAUGUCUGUUUAAAAAAAUAAGAAUAAUAAAGUUUUGUUUUGAAGAGAA